UACGUCGUUUUUCAAAGAAUCAGCUAUAUAGCCAACAGUAGGGGCCGUUAAAAGAGGCCAUUUUGUUUGCACAUUGUGACAGUGGCUCCUGCGUUAAAUCAGACGGCCAGAAGGGGGGCGCUUCAGCGGCUGCGAAGUUUUUUUUUUCUUCUUCCCUCCUCGGCACCCUUUUAACUCUUUAGCCACCCGAGCAGAGACAAAGGCGGCGGGAGGGAUGGAGGACGAGAAAGUUGUGUACUCCCGGUCGCAGCUGGUGUUCGCAGGUAUCAAGCCGCUGGAGGACGCGCUGGAGAUCUUCGUGCCGGAGUCGAAGCACUUCAUGAACUCGGACACGGAGCUGUGGAACUUCCUGUGCAGCCUCAAGCGGGACUUCUCGCCGGUGAUUCUCCGCAGCAAAGACGUUUACGGCUACUCGUCGUGCCGCUCGGUGGUCCCGGACCCCAGCCAGUUCUCCCGCAAGAAAGCCAAAGAGCCGGCUCCGGCCCCCUUGCAGCAGCCCAAGAAGCCGCCGGUGAAGAGGAAAAGGAAAGGCAUGAGGCUCAGCUGCAGAAAGCGACGGCGUGUGAAGCCCGCUGCCAGUGAGGAGAGCGGAGCCAGCGGCUGCAGCAGCCCGACCCCGUCCGAGGCGUCCGGCUCCCUCAGCACGUCGCUGGAGGACAUGUGGAAGGCGGCAGCCCAGAGACUCAGCAGCUACCCCACCAUACUAGUCCGGGACGUGUCGUGCGAGGCCAAGGUGGCGGCCGCCCGGCAGAGGGCUCAGAGGAUCCUACAGGUGAACCUGCAGCCUGUAGUCAGGAUCCGCCGCUUCCCCCUCAUCUCCUCUUCCUGACACUUUCCAGAGACAAGUCAGCCUGUUUACACGUCUGGAGGAUUCCAGGUCUUCUUACUGCACUUUACUGGACACAUCUA